CUCACGUCCAUGGACUCUCGCAAGAAACAAGUUAUCCAGUCACAGCAAUAAAAGAUACCCUCAUUGUCCCUGAGUCCCGGCAUGUACCCGACUGCCUCUCUUCCUCAGCCUUCGUCUUACACCAGCGGUGCCUCGUCACAACUUAACCUAUGCAUACCCAAAGCAUAGAAGUGUCAUCUAGCUCAAAACCUGUAUCUCCAGGGUCCCCGCCAAUGCACAACGACUUCCCCGGCGGCGAGCUCGAGAACGCGCUGAAGGAACAUGCGUUUGGCCUGUCUCGUUACGAGAUCUUGCACAAAUCACCUCACGAGGCUAGAGCACGUAUCGCGCUCCUAGAAGGGAAGGCGGUGAACGUGAUGCUCACGACAAGUGGUUAUAGCAUCGUAUGCGAUGUAGAAUCUCCGGCAAGGACAUUCGAAAGCCUCGACGACCUGUUGUUAUCAGUCAGUCCUCGUUUCGAGGAGGCCCGACAGCAAGCUUUGCUGGCCAAACUGCAGCUGUUGGCUGAACAACAAGAUCAACCGGGCGGGUCCUGAUCUAUGCCAUGUAUAUUUUUCUGCAAGAAACCAUGCACCACAGU